AUGGAGCAGUGGCGGCAGUGUGGCCGCUGGCUCAUCGACUGCAAGGUCCUGCCGCCCAACCACCGCGUCGUGUGGCCCUCGGCGGUGGUCUUCGACCUGGCGCAGGCUCUGCGCGACGGCGUCCUCCUGUGCCAGCUGCUGCACAAUCUCUCCCCGGGCUCCAUCGACCUCAAGGACAUCAACUUCCGGCCGCAGAUGUCCCAGUUUCUGUGUUUGAAGAACAUCCGUACCUUCCUCAAAGUCUGCCACGACAAAUUCGGACUAAGGAACAGUGAGCUGUUCGACCCCUUUGACCUCUUUGACGUCCGGGACUUCGGAAAGGUCAUCUCUGCUGUGUCCCGACUGUCCCUUCAUAGCAUCGCACAGAACAAAGGGAUCAGGCCUUUCCCCUCAGAGGAGACUGCCGAAAACGAUGAUGAUGUCUACCGCAGCCUGGAGGAGCUGGCUGAUGAGCAUGACCUGGGCGAGGACAUCUACGACUGUGUCCCGUGUGAAGAUGAUGGUGACGACAUCUAUGAAGACAUCAUCAAGGUGGAGGUGCAGCAGCCCAUGAUUAGAUACAUGCAGAAAAUGGGCAUGACUGAGGAUGACAAGAGGAGCUGCUGCUUGCUGGAGAUUCAGGAGACAGAGGCCAAGUACUACCGCACCCUAGAGGACAUUGAGAAGAACUACAUGGGUCCCCUGCGGCUGGUACUGAGCCCAGCAGACAUGGCGGCGGUCUUCAUCAACCUCGAGGACCUCAUCAAAGUGCACCACAGUUUUCUACGGGCCAUUGACGUGUCCAUGAUGGCGGGCGGCGGCAGUCUGGCCAAGGUCUUCCUCGAGUUCAAGGAGAGACUCCUGAUCUAUGGAGAGUACUGCAGCCACAUGGAGCAUGCCCAGAGCACACUGAACCAGCUUCUUGCCAGCAGGGAGGACAUCAGGCAGAAAGUGGAGGAGUGCACUCUCAAGGUCCAGGAUGGCAAGUUCAAGCUGCAAGACCUGCUGGUGGUGCCCAUGCAGCGGGUACUAAAGUACCAUCUGCUACUCAAGGAACUCCUGAGCCAUUCGACAGACCGGCCUGAGAGGCAGCAGCUCAAAGAAGCACUGGAAGCCAUGCAGGACUUGGCCAUGUACAUCAACGAGGUGAAAAGAGACAAAGAGACCUUGAAGAAGAUCAGCGAGUUCCAGAGCUCCAUCGAAAAUCUGCAAGUGAAACUAGAGGAAUUUGGUAGGCCGAAGAUUGACGGGGAGCUUAAGGUCCGGUCCAUAGUCAACCACACCAAACAAGACAGGUACCUGUUCCUAUUCGACAAGGUGGUCAUCGUGUGUAAGAGGAAGGGCUACAGCUACGAGCUGAAGGAGGUCAUCGAACUGCUCUUCCACAAGAUGACUGACGACCCGAUGCACAACAAAGACGUCAAGAAGUCUCACGGGAAGAUGUGGUCCUACGGCUUCUACCUCAUUCACCUCCAAGGGAAGCAGGGUUUCCAGUUCUUCUGCAAGACGGAGGACAUGAAGAGGAAGUGGAUGGAGCAGUUUGAGAUGGCCAUGUCAAACAUCAAGCCAGACAAGGCCAACGCCAACCACCACAGCUUCCAGAUGUACACGUUUGACAAGACCACCAACUGCAAAGCUUGCAGGAUGUUCCUCAGGGGCGUCUUCUACCAGGGUUAUCUGUGCACCAGGUGUGGCGUCGGGGCGCACAAGGAGUGCCUGGAGGUGAUUCCUCCCUGCAAGAUCACACGCUCAGAGGACACCCGAUUUGCUCCAAGCCCCAGGCUGCGAGCUGUGAGCCGGGACAAGAUUCUCAUGCAGGCGGGCCGGCCCCUCAUCGAGGAGGACCAGGCCUCCUGCACUGGACGCGCUGGGUCACCCCUGUCUGUGUCCAUGUCUCAGUCAGGCCGAUUUGUCACCCUGAGUCCCUACAGCGUAGGACAUGUUCUGAGCCUUGAACUUGGAUCAGUAGUGGUCACCGAUUUCUGUUCCGCUGCAGACCUGGACACCCUUGGAGCAGGACCAGGUCCCAAGAUGGUGGCCGUGCAGAAUUACCAUGGCAACCCCGCCCCUCCCGGAAAGCCAGUGCUGACCUUCCAGACGGGGGAUGUGAUUGAGCUGCUGCGAGGAGACCCCGAGUCCCAGUGGUGGGAGGGGCGGCUGGUGCAAACGCGGAAGACGGGGUGUUUUCCAAGCUCAUCUGUGAAGCCGUGCCCAGUGGAUGGAAGGCCACCUAUUGGCCGGCCACCAUCCCGGGAGAUUGACUACACCGCGUACCCCUGGUUUGCAGGCAACAUGGAGCGCCAGCAGACAGACAACCUGCUUAAGUCUCACGCCAGCGGGACCUACCUCAUCAGGGAACGGCCAGCAGAGGCCGAGCGCUUCGCCAUCAGUAUCAAGUUCAAUGACGAGGUGAAGCACAUCAAGGUGGUGGAGAAGGAUAACUGGAUUCACAUCACAGAGGCCAAGAAAUUUGAAAGCCUCCUGGAGCUGGUGGAGUACUACCAGUGCCACUCCCUCAAGGAGAGCUUCAAGCAGCUGGACACCACGCUCAAGUUUCCCUACAAGUCUCGGGAGCGAACUGCCUCCAGGGCCUCCAGCCGGUCCCCAGCUUCCUGUGCUUCCUACAACUUUUCUUUUCUCAGUCCUCAGGGCCUCAGCUUUGCCCCUCAGGGCCCCUCCGCUCCCUUCUGGCCAGUGUUCACACCCCGGGUCAUCGGCACAGCUGUGGCCAGGUACAACUUUGCUGCACGGGACAUGCGGGAGCUCUCACUACGGGAAGGCGACGUAGUAAGGAUCUACAGCCGCAUUGGUGGGGACCAGGGCUGGUGGAAGGGCGAGACGAAUGGACGGAUCGGCUGGUUUCCUUCGACGUAUGUAGAAGAGGAAGGCAUCCAGUGAAGGCAGGAAUGCCCACGGGUCUCAUGGAUCUUCCUGGAGAGUCGCCCCUGCUGUGAAGUCUGCCCCUGGCUCCUCCUUCGAGGCCAUAGGGGAAAUGCCCGCCAAGCUUCCGGUUGUUGAUGGCCCACAGGGAUUGGGAGGGUGUUCAGAAUUCUAAAUGUGGCCGUUCCAUUGUCACCUGCCCUUGGUGGCUUGUCCCUGGGUACACACUUGUACAUAGAGGGGAUCUGGGCCGGCCUUACCCAGAACACUGAGGAGAGUGGGUUCCAGCAGGGUUUCCAGACCAGCUUGGGAAUCGGCCAAGGCUGAAAGCCUACCUCCUGUCCCUCUGGCUGAGAUGUUGUUCAGGAGCCUGGGACUCAACUGAUGGUAUGCCAGGGAGCGUUGGAGAAAACAGAAGGGCCUUCCCCCCAGGCCAUCUGCGCAGCCCCUGGCCCGAGCUGACUGUCUACUCUGCUGCUCUCUGACGUGGGGCUUCAGGCCUUGGGAGGCAGAUGGGACCAGAGCCAGGCUGUUAGGCGUGGCCUACACUCGCUCCGCUGUUCAAGGGACAGAGGAAGGGGGCUUCUACAGGGGGUCUUACAGUCGCGGGGGCUCCUGGACAUUCCCUAACUCCUUCACUUCCCUUGACACCAGGGUCACACAGUCCUCACUGGGGAGGCUCCUCUCUCAGGAGGGGUCUUAGGAACAGUGACCUUGCCAACUGAACCCCAGCCCACCUCCAGUCAAUGGUACUGCUUUUUGCUUGCUGAAAGCCCCUUCCUUGAAGCCAAGAACAGGUCUGCCCUGUCCCUUUGCCAGGAGGACACGUUUUCUGUGAACCCUGAAGCGCAGGGAGUAGAACCCGGCUUGGCUUCGCUUGGCAGAUCCCCAGUCCUUCUUUUCCCUUUCUGUGUCUCCCACAUCCUGCACUGUGGUCCCUGGGGGUUUGCUGGCCUUUGCACGAGAUGGUUCUAGCCCUUGGCAGCUGUCCCCAACCCCAGGACUCCUGCAGCCCACAUACUGGGCCUGUGACCAACCCCAAAUAAGUGCUCUUGGGGUAUCUCCACCCCAUCACCUCCCCCUUACGGUGCCUCCUGGCCUUUGACCUCUGCUUCAUUUGGCCAGCCCCUAUGAUCUCUACCCUGACAUUGCAAAAGACCUAGAAAGACUGUCUCCUGCAGAGCUCUGUGCCAGAGCUUAUAGUGAGACAGGCACUUCCCAGGAUCCCCUUCUCCCUUCAGCCAGAUGCCCAGCCCCAGGUGAGGAGGAGACUGUCCUUGCCAGGUUGGGACUGGACACCCCACUGAACCUGGGGAGGCUUUCUGAGGUUAGCCUUAUGGCCUCCAGGCUCCAUACCCAUGCAUACUAUGCUAGGGUACAGAAAGGGGAGGAGCCUGGAAGAUGGGGAGCUGCAGGGAAUGAAGAGACACCUUGCACAACAUUGAGAAGCCAGGGCAGGAGGAGAGAAUACCCUUGAACCCUAGUGAGUCAGGUGCACAGAGCACUUUGCCUGGGACCUUGGUUCAGGCAGCCCCCUGCAGGCCCUGGAUGUGGCCGAGGAGACCCACCAGCCCCUUCCCACCUGAUGUUGUUGUCUUGGUGUUUUAACGUUUUCUCUCUCUCUCUCUCUCUCUCUCUCUCUCUCUUUCUUUCUUGUUCUGUUUUGUUGUGUUUGAUUUCACCCGUUUGUUUCUUAAGGGGAAGAAAGCUUGUGAUUAUUUCACCCAAAUCUCCUGUUAUAUAUCUGUGAAUAAUAAGAGAUUUUAUAAUAGCAAGAAAAGGAUGUAUAUUUUAGUUUGUCACCAAACAAGCCAUCAUGAUGACGAAGGACACUGAGAACAAGAAAUAAUUUAGAAGCCCUCGUUUUUGUGAAUGUUUUGUGUCUGUUUUCAAAUUUGUGUUUGGUUUGGUUCCGGCUUUGCAUCACGCCAAGCAGGGUGGCGGGAGGGCCGCGCAGCCUGGGGCAUGCACGGGCACCUCUGCAGUGGACAGGACGCCUUUCGGAGGGGCCAAGGACCGGGGGCCUCUGAUCAGCUGUGAACAUUAGCAGCUCAAUGCAUGUGAGUCAGGGAUGUGGGGUGGGGAGGGGUCUCAAAGCCAACAACACCCUCAAAAUGGAAUAGACUGUACAUUUGCCGAUGGGUUCCCCCCCCCCCAGACUCCAUAUUUUAUUACAAAUAAACCGAAGUUCUUUUCUGCA